AUGUCUGACUCUGACCUCUCUGACGCACCUCGAUCUGCUUCAAUUCCUUCCUACUCGGAGCUCGAGCAAGCACUACGAACACAGGUACGCGAUGCUUUAAAAGCGGGGAGAGGAGAUGACGCUUCUAUUACGGUUUCGUCGAUGCGAAAAGCUGCGGAGGAGGCAUUGGGGCUCGACGCUGGGUUUUACAAGAGCGAUGAGAAGUGGAAAGGGGAGAGCAAGCGCAUUGUCCUUGAAGCUUUUGAUGAAUAUGGAGCCGACCAGGGCUCUCCAGUGAAAUCGAAAUCCCCGAAGGCGAAGCCGUCUAAGACUUCCAAACCGCCCCCGUCGAAGAAACGAGCCUCACCGGAAGUUGAUAAUGAUGCACCAAAGAAGCGGAAGAAGACUCAAGCUGGGUUAAGCUCUAAGGAGGCCCUCUCGACUCCACCUAGCGAAGUGAGCAAGGAAGAGAAGCCGAAGUCUAACCCGAAAUCGAAAACCAAGAAACCAACGCAGAAAUCCAUACAACCAGCCAAGGCUACGAAGCCAGAGAAGAAACCCGAACCCGUGCAGGACCAUACAGAAAGCGAAGUCUCGGACGCGCCGGACGCACCAGCCACGGUAAACGAUGUAGAAGCAUCAGAUAGUGAGCUCUCAGUCUUGAUCGACGAAGACCCUCCACCGAAAAAGAAGCGGAAAGGCUCUUCAGCAGCAGCGGAAAAGCGGGGCAGAAAACCCUCAGCUCCGAAAGCCAAGGCCACAGACGCAGACAUUAACGAUCCCGACCAAGCCGAAAUCAAACGUCUGCAAGGCUGGCUAGUCAAGUGCGGGAUUCGCAAGCUUUGGGGGAAAGAGCUCAAAUCUUAUGAGAGCUCUAAAGCCAAGAUCAAGCAUCUGAAGGAGAUGUUGGCGGAUGCUGGGAUGACGGGGAGAUACUCGAUUGAGAAAGCCAGCCAGAUCAAGGAGGCGAGGGAGCUGAAAGCUGAUAUUGAGGCUGUGAAGGAAGGUGCGGAGAGAUGGGGGAAGGAGAAGGAUGCUAAAGGGGCGGACGUCGAUAGCGAUGGGAGGAAAAAGCCAAAGGGAAGGUUGGUUAGGGGGUCUCAGGUGCUGGAUUUUCUCAGUAGUGAUGGUGAGGAGACGGAUUGA